GUCUCAUCCAUACUCUUACAAAUCAGCCCGGCGUGUGACGUUUUGGGUGCCCUACGCGGGAACGGUACUUCAGGGUGGAAAGGCUUGCACUGGAUCUUUUUGUCCCAGCUGAGACGAUGAUGGCCUCCAAGCUGCUGACGCUGGUGCUGGUGGUCCAGCCCGGGCGGGUCCUGCUGGGCAUGAAGAAGAGGGGCUUCGGGGCCGGCAGGUGGAACGGCUUUGGGGGCAAAGUGCAAGCUGGGGAAACAAUUGAAUGUGCUGCUAGAAGGGAACUCGAAGAAGAAAGCAGCCUCACAGUGGACGCGCUGGAAAAGAUCGGGAAUAUUAAAUUUGAAUUUGUGGGAGAGACGCAGCUGCUGGACGUCCACGUCUUCAGAGCCGACUCCUUCAACGGGGAACCGACGGAGUCGGAGGAAAUGCGGCCUCAGUGGUUCGACUGCGACAAAAUCCCCUUUGAUCAGAUGUGGCCCGAUGACGUCCUGUGGUUCCCUCUGCUGCUGCAGAAGAAGAAAUUUGUGGGGUAUUUUAAAUUUCAGGGUCAGGACGUGAUCCUGAGCCACACUCUGGAGGAGGUGCAGGAGAUCUGAUCCUUUCUCCCAUCAGUCCUGGAACCAGGAACCAGGACACACCCAGUUACUGUUUCUGAUGAGUGAAUGAGAGCAAUGCGGUUACCUGUUGGUCUGUCAUUUACUUGCUGUAUGACUGUUUUCAUUAAUCAAAGCACGUUUUUGUAAAUUCAUUUUUUUUCUUUUAAUGAAUACACGGUGAAAUAGCAACAAACCAAACAAAAAGUUCCCUUUUUUCCCCUCAUUUUUAUUUCAGAAUAACUGAUUCCAUACAUCAUAGCAAGGACAUCUUCAAUUAAAUAUUUACAGUAUGUACAAUUAGAAUGUCUCUGGGCCCUUUUCUGUGUAAACGUGAUGCUUUGGCAAAAACAAAUGUCCCUUACUGUGUGUACAGCAUUGGUUUGUUAAUAAAACUUUCUCAGAACUUGUU